GGUACGAUCUUGACUUUGAGCAAAGAUCAAGAGUUCGUAUGACCAAUCCUUAAGCUGCAGAAGUUCUCAUCCGCUAUGAAAUUAUAUAUACAUCCACUGUUCAAAAUCUAUAAUUAAAAUUUUGUAGUUCAUCGCUAAACAUGCAAGUUCUUGUUCUUGACCAUGGUCAGACAAACUCUGCUCCUUCUCUUCCUCAAUGUAAUAGCUGCUCUCUUUCCCAUCUCCUCUCCGACAGACACGUUAGUCCCCUCCCAGCUUUUCUCCGACGGCGCCGCAGCAUCCUUGGUCUCCUCCGGCCAGAAGUUCAAGUUGGGCUUCUUCAGCCCUGAUGGCACCGACGGCAACCGCCGCUACGUCGGAAUAUGGUACAACAGCAUCUCCGCCUUCACUGUCGUGUGGGUCGCCAACCGCCAGCGCCCGCUCACCAACGGCGCCGGCCAUCUCUCUCUAACGGAGAACGGAACGCUGAUCAUCUUCGGGGACGACAACUCGACCGUCCUUUGGUCGACGCAGAGCGCGAAGGUCCUCGCUAAUCCCGUCGCGCAGCUCCUAGACACCGGGAACUUGGUCGUCCGAGAAGCCACCGAUGAGUCGUCCGCCGGUGACUUCGCGUGGCAGAGCUUCGACUUUCCGACGGACACACUACUCCCGGGCAUGAAGAUCGGUUGGGACCUAAGGACCCUGCUGAACCGCAACCUGACGGCCUGGACGAGCGAGAGCGACCCGUCGCCGGGCAGCUGCAUCUUGGGCAUCGACUUGCGCGGCGUCCCUCAAGAAUUCGGGUGGCGGCGCGGGGGGCAACCCUACUGGCGCGCGGGGCCAUGGAACGGCGUCUUCUUUAGCGGAGUCCCCGGAAUGGAGUCGAAAAAUUUCGUAGAAAACAACUUCAUAAUCGACCAAGACGAAGUCGUUCACUACUACUCCUCUGUGAAUUCCUCUCUGCUUCGCCGGAUCAUCAUCCAUCCGUCGGGGGAGGUGGAAGGCCUCGCGUGGACCGACGAGAACCAGUUGUGGACGUCGCGUGGGUACGUGCCGGGGGACCCGUGCGACGCCGUCUCCUCCUGCGGCCCCAACGCUCUCUGCUACCCCAACUGGUGGCCGGCGUGCCGGUGCCUGCAGGGGUUCGAUCCCAAGAACCCCACCGCCUGGCAGCUCAUGACCAACACCUCAGACGGCUGCACGAGGAAGACGGAAUUGGAUUGCGUCAACGGGACGGACAGGUUCUGGAAACAGAGCAACGUGAAGCUGCCGGACACGUCGAGAUCGAUGGUUAACCGGAGCACGGACAUCAGUCUGGACGACUGUGAGGCGUGGUGCUUGGGGACUUGCUCGUGCACCGCCUACGCGAGGGCCAACAUCACCGGCGGUGGCAGCGGAUGCAUACUGUGGACCACCGACCUCACCGAUAUCAAACUGUUCAACGACGGAUUAGGGCAGGAUCUCUAUGUCCGGUUAUCCGCCGCCGAUCUCGAUCAAGCCUUAGAAUCAAACCGUUCUCGUCGUGGUCGAAAACGCGCCAUCAUCAUAGCGGCCACUUCUGCGACGGCGUUGACAAUUCUAAUCUUUCUUGGGGUCGUCGGCGGCCUCUGCGUCAGCAGGAAGAGAAAAUUGCAGGUCAACCAAGUUACAGGAGAAGACUUUGACCUUCCAUUGUUUGACUUUGGCACCGUAGCAGCAGCCACCUGUGAUUUCUCCAUUGAUAAUAAACUCGGAGAGGGUGGAUUUGGUCCAGUCUAGAAGGGGAAGUUAGGGGAGCAGCAACAAAUAGCUGUGAAGAGACUAUCAGAGACCUCAUUGCAAGGCAUACAAGAGUUCAAAAACGAAGUGAUAUUGAUUGCUAAGCUACAACAUCGCAAUCUUGUUCGCCUUCUGGGUUGUUGCAUGGAAGGUGAUGAAAAGAUGUUGAUAUAUGAGUACAUGCCCAAUGGAAGCUUAGACACCUUCUUAUUUAGUGAAACUAAGCGUAAAUUGUUGGAUUGGGAGGCACGUUCCCGUAUCAUUGUCGAGAUUGCUCGAGGUCUUCACUAUCUCCAUCAUGAUUCUCGAUUAAGAAUUGUUCAUAGAGAUUUGAAAGCAAGCAAUAUCCUUCUGGAUGAAGAUUUGAAUCCCAAAAUCUCUGAUUUUGGAAUGGCAAAACUAUUUAGUGGAGAUGAAACAAUCGGAGAAACUAAGAGGGUUGUUGGAACAUAUGGAUAUAUGUCUCCGGAAUAUAUUAAAAAUGGAGCUUUCUCCAUGAAGUCUGAUAUUUUCAGUUUUGGAGUAUUGAUGCUUGAGAUCAUUAGUGGCAAAAAGAAUAAUGAAUUUGGCCAUUCUACACAACACCUCAAUGUUAUAGAUUUUAUGUGGAGUCUAUGGAGAGAAGAAAAGGCCAUAGACUCGGUUGAUGAAUCAAUGGGCCUAUUUCCUGUUGCUGAAGUUUUGAGGUGUAUAAACAUCGGCCUCUUGUGUGUUCAAGAAAGAGCAGAAGAUAGACCGACGACGUCUUCGAUAUUGUUAAUGUUGGGUAAUGAUAAAAUUUAUUUGUCUCAGCCAAAACAACCUGGCUUUGUCAUUGAAAGAUAUCCAUGUGAAUCUUGCUCAUGGAGUAAGAAACAAACUGUGUCUAUAAACUAUGUAUCAAUCACAACUUUGGAAGUUCGAUAAAGAUUAUUUAAUAGAAUAUUAGGUAAGAUAAUACAUGGAUGGAUGUAAAUAGGACUUUUAUAAAAAUUAACUAAAAUUUUAGUAUUAAGGUUAAAACUCUCAAAUUGUGUAGAGUUUCAGUCUUUGAUUGAAUGAUACUAUUUUGAUUGAAAGUUAAAGGAGAAAAUAUGAAGUAUAGAAAUGAAACAUUGUCGGGA